GACCAACAGCGGGGGGAUCGUGUGAGAAAGCGUGCAUUGUUAAUCUCCACACUUUUUAAAGAAAGGACAGCCGCAACUAAAUUCUCAUAAAGUUUUACUUUAAUGUCUUGCGGAGUACAGUAAUUCAAUACGCGACUGUUUACUCGUUAAGGAUAUAUUUUACUUUGGAUUUGUUUCUCCCCCCUCUUCUCUCGUGUCGGUGUGUGAGACUGUCUGUCCCAUUAGCGCCUUUCUUCUGCUGCAGUAUGAGCGGGGACGAGCAUGGAUGCGUGUGGACUGGACUGAUCUAGUGUACGUGCAUUUCGGUUAAAAUCUUUCGCGCUGUUUGGGAUUUUGAAAACGACGUCACGUACAUGGAGUAAUAAAUAAUGUCGUCGCUGUGAAGUCCGUCUUUGUGUGUGGGAAUAGCUGUGUCCGUGUUUAUUAAAGGAUCCACGAAAUAAGGGUGAAAAUGACCUACGCUGGAAGCUGAACCUUAAACGCACAGACUCCGAGUGAGUUGAACAGGGGCUGUCCCAUAAUCCCGACUGGUCGGGUUAAGGGAUCAUGGGAGAUGGAGGCGUCAAUGCGGUGGGAGACAGGGUAAAUCAGUCCCAUGUGUUGUUUGACCGCUUCGUCCAGGCCACCACCUGCAAAGGCACUCUCAAGGCUUUUCAAGAGCUUUGUGACUUCCUGGAACUCAAGCCCAAUGAAUACCGUGUGUUCUACCACAAACUCAAGUCCAAGCUCAACUACUGGAAAGCCAAAGCUCUCUGGGCCAAGUUAGACAAACGCGCCAGCCACAAAGAAUACAAAAAAGGACGGACCUGUGCAAAUGCUAAGUGUCUAAUCAUUGGAGCUGGACCAUGUGGUUUGCGUACAGCCAUAGAGCUGGCAUUCUUGGGAGCCAAAGUGGUUUUGCUUGAGAAGAGGGAUGCUUUCUCUCGGAACAAUGUGCUCCAUCUGUGGCCUUUUACUAUUCAGGAUCUGAGAGGUCUUGGAGCCAAGAAGUUUUAUGGCAAGUUUUGCGCUGGAGCCAUCGACCAUAUCAGUAUUCGACAGUUGCAGCUGAUGCUCUUGAAGGUAGCUCUUCUCCUCGGCAUUGAGAUUCAUGUCAAUGUGGAAUUCAAAGGCCUCGUUGAACCACCAGAAGACCAAGAGAAUGAGCGAAUAGGGUGGAGAGCUGAAGUCCACCCCAGAACACAUCCAGUCCACGAGCUGGAGUUUGAUGUCAUCAUUGGGGCUGAUGGGAGGAGAAACACACUGUCAGGGUUCAAAAGAAAGGAGUUCAGGGGAAAAUUGGCUAUCGCUAUCACAGCAAACUUCAUUAACCGCAACACGACUGCAGAAGCAAAGGUGGAAGAGAUCAGUGGAGUCGCCUUCAUUUUCAAUCAGAAGUUCUUUCAGGAUCUUAGAGAAGCCACAGGGAUUGACCUGGAAAACAUUGUGUACUAUAAGGAUGACACGCACUACUUUGUCAUGACUGCCAAAAAACAGAGUCUGCUGGAGAAGGGUGUCAUUCUUCAUGACUAUGCCGACACGGAAAUGUUGCUUUCCAGGGCGAAUGUUGACCAGAAGGCUCUGCUAUCCUAUGCCAGAGAGGCUGCCGACUUUUCCACCAAUCACCAGCUUCCUACUCUAGAUUUCGCCAUCAACCACUACGGUCAACCCGACGUCGCCAUGUUUGACUUCACCUGUAUGUACGCCUCUGAAAACGCGGCAUUAGUCCGCCAGCGCAACGGCCAUAAGUUGCUAGUAGCCCUUGUGGGGGACAGUCUUCUAGAGCCUUUUUGGCCAAUGGGCACUGGAAUAGCAAGAGGUUUCUUGGCAGCCAUGGAUUCAGCAUGGAUGGUGAGGAGUUGGACUCAGGGAAACUCUCCUUUAGAGGUGUUGGCUGAACGGGAAAGUAUCUAUCGACUGCUGCCUCAAACGACACCAGAGAAUGUGAGUAAGAACUUCAGCCAGUACAGCGUUGAUCCUACUACACGGUACCCAAACAUCAAUCUUCACCAAGUUAGACCCGCCCAGGUACGGCAUCUGUUAGACACUGGAGAGACCAGGGAUUUGCGUGUUGAUAUGGAGAAUGUCAUUAAUUCCUCGGCUCCAAAGCUCACAAGAAAUGAAUCCAUCGCGCGCUCCAGUAAACUACUGAACUGGUGUCAGAGACAAACGGAGGGCUACCGCGGUGUCGGCGUGUCUGACCUUACCACGUCUUGGAAGAGUGGCUUGGCCCUGUGUGCACUCAUCCACCGAUACAGACCAGACCUCAUUAACUUUGACUCUCUGGACGAGAAGGACGUGGAGAAAAACAACCAGCUGGCUUUUGACGUAGCUGAAAAGGAGUUUGGGAUUUCUCCCAUCAUGACCGGGAAGGAGAUGUCAGUUGUGGUGGAGCCCGACAAGCUGUCCAUGGUUAUGUACCUCAGCCAGUUCUAUGAGAUGUUCAAGGACACUGUGCCACCUGGUGAAAAUCACAACCUAAGCCCUGAGGAGAAGGCUGCGUUGAUUGCAAGCACUAAAUCACCCAUCUCAUUCCUCAGUAAACUGGGUCAAAGCAUCGCCAUCUCCCGCAAACGAAACCCCAAGGAUAAAAAAGAAAAGGAUGUAGAUGGAAAAAGACGAAAGACCAGCCAGACAGGACAAUCAGAAGAUGAGGAGCUGCAUAGAGUUAAUCGAGACGACCGACCAUCCAUUGCAACGGCACUGGCCGAACGUAAAAUAGACUGCACGGCAGCAGCGAACAACAACAACAAAGUGAAGUCGAUGGCCACGCAGCUGCUAGCAAAGUUUGAGGAGAAUGCCCCGGUGCAGUCCACAGGACUCAAGAGACAGGGGGACUCUAUGCCCAAUCUGGGGCUGCUGCUGGUCCCCUCUCCAGCCCCACCUUUUCUGAGAGAGCCCACGCGGCUCAUGCAGGUCCCUGCAUGGAGGAAGAGGCGCACACAGUUACAGGAGCAGAUGAGUUUUCGUUAUAAGGAAAGACUAAAGCAUCAGACUCUGCCCAUCAGACAGGAACAGCCACAAAGCAGCAGCAGUACUGAGGUCUUGAGGAGCUGCCCCAAGAAAACCAUUCUCCUCUCUUCCUCCUCAUCUUCAUCUUCCUCCUCAUUUUCUUCAUCGUUUCUUCCACACACACAGGAUGUUAAACAGUUUAGUGUGGAUGAUUUAGAGCCGAUACAUAUGCCCAGUGCUCAGGAGAGAGCUGAGACUUUAGCUGGUAGAUUUAAAGGCGAACCAGAACGGAAGAAGCCGCCACAGGUAAUGAAAAAGCCAUCACGGUUCUUUAUUGAGCAGUGGCUUUUGACCCACGACCUCAGUCCUGAGCAGCGUGUCCUCCCCUGUGACCCUGAGAAGCAGCAAAGGGAGAUUUUGCAUUCGGACGAUCACAUGCCUUUACACAUCCCCAGUAUUCAGGAGAGAGCUGAGAGGUUAGCCUCAAACUUUAAAGAGAAACCAGCCUGUCCCAAGUCAAAGAAAAAGACGUCACAUUUUUUUAUGCAGCAGUGGUACAGGUCACGUGACGUGAGGUCUUCUAUCCCCCGGCACUCCCCGGGAUCUUUCCGGCAGAAGUAUAUAAAGAUGUACACAGGGGGUGUGAGCUCACUGGCUGAGCAAAUAGCCAAUCAGCUUCAGCCUCAAGACAACUGCAGACCCCUUCUUGAGAAAAGGGAUUUGGGUUCUUUGCGGAAGGAGUUUCCUCAGAACAUUGGCGGCAGUGAUGUGUGUUUCUUCUGUCGGCGGCGCGUCUAUGUCAUGGAGCGUCUCAGCGCCGAGGGAAAGUUUUUCCAUCGCAGCUGCUUCAAGUGUGACUACUGUGGCACCACCCUCCGUCUGUCCUCGUAUGCCUUCGAUGUUGAGGAUGGGAAGUUUUAUUGCAAACCCCAUUAUUGCUACCGACUGUCUGGUCAGGCACAGAGGAAACGGCCCGCACCUGCUCCAGCUCCUUUGAAUCCUAAGGAGCCCCAGAUUUUGGCUGUUACCCCCAACACAGUCGUGGACACCCCAGGUCAAACCAUAAGUUCUCAGACCCCUGUGGAGCGCCAGCCCUCAGUGUCAGAGGUGAACGGGGUUAAGGACCCCAUUGUGGCCAAGCGGCUUAAAGGGACUCCAGAGAGAAUCGAGCUGGAGAACUAUCGCCUGUCCAUGAUGAGAGAAGAAGAGCUGGAGGAGGUGCCAGAGGAGACGCAGGCGGAGCAUAACCUCAGCAGUGUGCUGGACAAAGCCACAGAUGUGGAUGAAGGAUCCAGUAGCUCAGAGUCUGAUAUGGAAGAAGAGGAUGAAGAACCUGAAGCAGCCGGGCCGUCGGAUCUGGGUGGAGUGCCCUGGAAGGAGGCCGUGGAGCUUCACGCCAAACUAAAAGGAGAAAGUGAUCCUGGUGCUGCUGAAGAUGAUGAUGAAGGAGAGAUGGAGGAUGAAGAGGAUGACGAGGAAGAUGAUGAGGAGGAAGAGGAAUCAAGUGAAGAGGGAGAUUAUUUGCCCUGGGAGACUGAGCUUCAGUCAGGUCUUUGGCUGGAGAAUCUGGCAAAUGAAGAGGAAACAGGUGUGUUUAAAGCUAGGAGCUUGCAAAUACAACAAGCCGUACAGCCAGUAGAUCCUCUGGACAUCCAGAUGGAAAACCACUGGACAUCCAAUCAGACUGAAGGACUAAAGGAGGGUCCUUCAGCAUCAACCUUAGGCUCUCAGCCUUCGCUGAACACCCAGAACACACAGCCCACCUCCUCCACAGCCCCCUCCCACAAGUCUGUGCGUCAUGAGGCUGUCAGAGCCUGGUUGGAGUCGAUGUCAGGAGAGCCCUGCGAAGAGGGUGGUGAACUGGAGGCUGAAGCAGACAGUCCUGACAUGGAACCUGGCACUGAACAAGAUCAAGAUGACAUUCCAUCAGACGCUGAAGCUGAAGCUCGCUCACAUUGCACAGAUGAAAGUUUGUCACUUCCUGUGAAGAAUGACAAACCAGAGUUUGAGGAACAUGUUUUCAGCACUGGUAACGAGAAAACAUCUGCAGGACCAAGGGAACUCAUCGUAGAUGUUGUAUUGUCACCAAUCCAAAAACCUGUUUUACCUUGUGAUGAGGUUAAAGAGCUUUCUCCUGUGAUAUUGGUGAAGUCCCCAGGUGCGAGGUUCUUCCCUGAGCCCUUUCUGCCCGAUGUUAAUAAACCAAGCAUAACUUCACCACAGACUCUUGAUGCUAAAAGUCCCCAUUCUCCCAUCGAUCAAAUUGUUGCAGCAUCCCCCAUCUGUACGCAACCUGUUCCGCAACUAGAGACCGUGUCUUCCAAAUCUCCUGUCCAGCCUCAGCCUUGUGCCUGUUCUCCAACAGGUAAUCCUUUAUCUCCAAUCUGUGCCCAAUCGCAGCCCUGCCACGAACUGCCAGCACCCAUCUCCGCAAGCUCUCCAGUCAGGACCCAGCCGGUCCCAGCAGUAACAUCCACUCCUAUGGCUAAAACCUCUUCUGAGAAGAGAACCGAUAAACAUGAGGUAACACCCAUCAAGAAGACAGACCUCAUUGAGGAGUUCUGGUUGAAGAGCGCAGAGAUUCGAAAGAGUUUAGGACUCUCUCCUAUCGACAGAAGCCAAAUGGCGGCAGAGAAGAGCAUCCUAAAAACGCCUACCCCUGAUUCGUCUCCCAAGUCUUAUACCCCAGAGGAAUUGUCUGAAGAGCAAAAGCCUGUCUUGACAGGUCGUUCUAUCAUACGCAGAAUCAACAUUACUUUAGAGGGACAAGUUAUAUCUCCUGUGGAACCCAAGAGUAAUGGUUCUGAGAAGAAGGACUUGAGCAGCAGUUCUGGGUUGGGACUAAAUGGUAGCGUUAGCACCAGUCAGACAGCAGCUAGUGACAGCUAUAACAACUCGGACUCCACCAUGCUCACCCCUCCAUCUAGCCCCCCUCCACCCCUGCCCAAAGAAGAACCUGCUUCUUUCCAAAACAAAAAGCCUCAUGUUUCCUGGGACAAUCUUGUUGAGGAAACAAAAGAGCCCAAAUCUGAGACUACACCCCCUAGACUUAAAACCCCCGAAAGUCUGUCUAAGCCAGAACUAGUUACAGUUCCUGUGCCGGCUCCAAGAACCAACCCCCCUGUUGUGAUGAGGGUUAAAGAACCAAACAAACCACCCCGGGAAGAGGCGAGGAAGUCUUUCGUGGAGUGCGUAGAUGAGAUACCAUUUGCAGACGAUGACGAUGAUGACACAUACGAUGACCGCACCCCUGACACAAGUGCCCUGGAUAGGUUUUACACCCCACCAACUAGCAAAGUCAGCAGGGAAAGACCUUCUUUCCACCUGGCAUUGGCUACGGAAAACGGCAAACCCAACAUUCCUGGAGGGGUAUCGCGAACAACAAAGGGACCCAAACAAUUCUCACCUGAAGCCAAGGAGAUAGCAGAAGAGCGAAUGAGAGCUCGCGAAAAGUCUGUGAAGAGCCAAGCUCUGAAGGAUGCCAUGGCUAUGCAGCUUACUAAGAUGAAAGAUGCGGAGAGUUCCAAAGGAGCGGUUGCAAAAGCAACCUGGAAUGUUACGGAGGCAACUGGAAAACUCAAAAAGGAAUCAAAGGACUCUGCUGUGAAGGCCUUAGAGUCCAAAAAGCAAGCAGAGGCGCUUCCGGAUAGAUUCUUCACGUCACCCGUCAAUAAAACCUUGGAUGGUUCAGUCACGUCUUCUGGGAGCUCCACGGGUGGAAAAAGCAAAAAACGUAGUUCACUAUUUUCUCCACGAAAGAACAAAAAGGAAAAGAAGGCCAAAAAUGAAAGUAGGCUCUCUGGCACCGAAGAGACGCCACCCAAGCAUAAGUCUCUGUGGAAGACGGUCUUCUCUGGCUACAAGAAAGACAAAAAAAAGAAAGAUGACAAGUCGUGUUCGAGCACACCCUCGAGCUCUACAACCGUAGACUCGGGGAAGAAGAAAGAAUUGCCCCUGGAUAAGUCCUCAGAUUCACGUUUGAGAAAAAAUCUCAGCUUUUCCGAGGACUCUGAUCUCUCCUGUGAUGAUGUUCUGGAAAGAUCCUCUCAGAAGUCGAAGGGUGAUCGGCGUGUGGACCUGUUUGACUUGGUCUCUGAUUUGAAUAAAGAUGCAAUGAAAGAGAAAGAACAUAAAGAUAGGGCAAAAGAAAGAGUUACAGAGAAUGGAAAUAAGAAAGCAAGCGAAAGAAGAUUGAAAGGGAAGGAAAAAGAACAGAAGAAAGUAAACAAUGAUGAGUCUGUUUAUGUACCUCAUGCAUUGGCGUUCAAGAGAUCAUAUGCCACCAAGAAGACCUAUACAGAGGAAGAACUCAAUGAGAAGCUCACGAGAAGAGUUCAGAAAGCAGCACGCAGACAAGCCAAGCAAGAGGAACUGAAGAGACUCCACAGAGCUCAGAUCAUUCAGAGGCAGCUGGAGCAGGUGGAAGAGAAACAGAGGCAGUUAGAAGAGAGAGGCGUCGCUGUAGAAAAGGCACUGAGAGGCGAAGCAGGGUUGUAUAAAGGUUCUAGUGUUAGUCCAAAACAGCGUAAGAGACGCUCAGACUAUUGGGGAGAGUCUAAUUACAGUGAGAUCCUGGAUUUGCAUCUGGGCGUUGAGCCCUAUGUCGGGACCCCUCGCCGAAGAGUUCUGUACCUCUGCCCCUGCUGUUCCCCUAAAGGAAUGGGUAAAAAGGACGAUCCAAAGCUGAUGCAGGAAUGGUUUAAACUGGUCCAGGAGAAGAACGCAUUGGUGCGAUACGAAUCAGAGCUGAUGAUAUUUGCUCGUGAGCUGGAGCUGGAGGACAGACAGAGUCGUCUACAACAGGAACUGCGAGAACGCAUGGCAGUAGAUGACCAUCUGAAGACCGAGGAGGAACUGGCAGAGGAGAAGCACAUUUUGAAUGAGAUGUUGGAGGUAGUGGAGCAAAGAGAUUCUCUGGUGGCCCUGCUGGAAGAGCAGAGACUCCGAGAGAAAGAAGAGGAUAAAGAUCUCGAGGCAGUGAUGCUCUCAAAGGGAUUCAACCUCAACUGGGUUUAACAUUACAAAGCCAUUUCUUCCAUUGCCAACUGUUCCCAAUUUCCCUGCAGGGAGUUUAAUGAUCGCAGAAUGAAUCUGUCUGGCCUCCCCCUGGUUUUAUUGGGCAUGUCAACAGCGUUUACAAAUCCACUCACGAGCAUGUUUGAUGAUGUUUACGAUGUUCUCCCGGCACGACUAACGCCUGACCAGCGUUUCGUCUCUUGGCAGCCAAAGCAAAGCUUCAAAACAUCCUCUCCUUCGCAAUCAGAGAAUAGAUUUAAAUCUUUUUUAAAUGUUUUUUUUUGUCUUAAUAGGGAAAUAUCGAUCCUGCUGAUGUUGAGGAUGUCUGAGACUAAUGAUCCUAAUCGAAAUGAAAACAUUAGCCUUGAUGUUCAACGAAUAUCUGGUCAAUCAACGGUUAUGUUUUAAGCGUGACUCAUGCUUUUCUAUCUUGACUACUGACUGUUUUUUCCUCCAGUCGCACUCCCAUCCAAUUUCACACAACAAUCUCUAAUCAUCAAUGACUUUCACAGAUGGAAGUAUUUAUUAGUUGUGGAUCACAGAAUAAGCAUGUGAUGGACUUUGUAAUUUUCACAGACGCCUGCAGAAACCAACACAUAUCUUGUGUUUGUAGCAUUGACAUGUUUAAGAUGUUAUUUCCCAGUGUGUCUCUAGACACCUAAUAUUAGAGAUAAGCUGGGAAGAAAAACUAUACUACUAUACUCAAUAUUACACACUUUGUUAAAAGCUCAUUUCAGUCUCUAUACUUAGUGACGCAUAUAUUAAAAUAAAUCAGUUCCUUUUUAAAUCUGAUACAUGAGUAUCUGAUACUUUCACUAUAGGUUACAUAAAGAAGUGGAGUACCGUAUAUAUUAGUAUAUAAACUUCCUUGAUGCAAAUUACUCAUGAGAAAUAUAUACACACUACACAUUGGUAUACAAUCAAAUGCAUUAUGCAUUGUGUUGGUCGGUCAGGGUAUCAGGAAUAGUUAAGGCACCCACAGCUUUUGUAACUUAAUAUGAGAUAAUAUGGUUAUGGUGCCCAUUUCCACCGUUUAGGCUCUGCCACUUUGGUGCCCGGUGCUCUUUCAUUUCUUCCAGCUUUAGAGCAACAAUGCCUUUUUAACUUUUCAUGUGACAGCUUUUCACAUCCACAGUUCUGUGUUUAUUUAUAAUGGUUUGUUCAAUGACUUUUUAUCACAUGAAAACCUGCAACUGACAUCAGCACCGAUAAACACCGGGUGCUAUCAUGUUGUUUUUGCACGUGUUCGAGUUGGAACCGGAAACAUCAAUAUUGCAUAUGAACAUGUUUGCCUUUUUCUAAGUGUACAUUUCAUUUUAGUCAGCUGUAUAGAUGGGCACAGGAUUUUUCUUUUUUAUUACUGUUGUUCCUUGUAAGUACAGAUAACUGUGAAUGAAAAUAUACACAUGUUCAACGCUAGUUUAGACUGUAUAAUGUUUGACAGAUUUUAUGGUAUUUAUUAACAUGUGUGAAAAUGUAUUAUAUGUAAAGAAAAUGAAUCCUAAUUUUUAAAAAUAUGUUGUUGGCUCUUGAAAAUGCUUCAUGUUGCUAAUUUGCAUAUAGGGUGUUGGAUGUACGCUGAUGCAAUAAAACAAUGCAGUUGUUACAAAA